GUUUUUUAUUUAUUAUUUAUACCGCACGUUGAACUGGAGUCAUGGCAGCCAAAAUGGAGCUUGCUCCUCUCAGACCGUGGGGGGACUUCUUCCCCGGAGCGGACCGGUUCUCUAAACCCGAGUUCGGAGAUUUGUCCAAGUGGAACAACAGAGUGAUCAGCAAUUUGAUGUACUACCAGACCAACUAUUUUGUCCUAGCUGCAUCUUCGCUGGCUCUGUGUGGGCCGGUGAAAAACAAGGCCACAAUCAAGAACUUCAAGAGGAAGAACCCCACUCUGUUCGUGAUCGCCGUCAUGGUCACCAGUUACUUUGUGUUGUCUCUGUGCGGAGGUGUCAUGGUCUUCAUCUUUGGCAUCACGUUCCCCUUGCUGUUGAUGCUGAUUCAUGCAUCUCUGAGACUGCGCAACAUGAAGAACAGGCUGGAGAACAAGAUGGAAGGCGUUGGGCUGAAGAAGACCCCGAUGGGCAUGAUCAUGGAUCUUCUCGACCAGCAGGAGGAGAAGAUUAACAAGAUUCAGGAUUUUAUCGAAAGUAAACUGAAGGAGUAAUCCUCGAGCUAGCUGAGUGCCAAAGAGAGCGAGCGUUAUACAGAAGGGUUUGAAAUGGUUACAGCAUCUUCCUGGUGUGUCAAUAUUUUCAGUCCCUGCACAUGUAAAAUUACUGAUAUUUGCAUUCCCACUUUUUACCCAUUUUAGUUUUAGAUCCCGUGUAUUCGUGUUAACUCUCACAAUAUAGUGUACAGAUGAUCACUGCUGUGUUGGCAGGAAGUUGAGAGGCAAUGUGCCCUACAUAAGGGGGA